AUGGGAAGAAAUAACCAGACGUGGGUGAGUGAAUUUAUUCUCCUAGGCCUGUCCAGUGACUGGAACACUCAGGUCUCACUCUUUGUCCUGUUCUUGGUCAUGUACUUGGUGACAGUGCUCGGGAACUUUCUCAUUAUUCUUCUGAUCAGACUGGACAGCCGACUGCACACACCCAUGUAUUUCCUCCUCACCAACCUCUCCCUUGUGGACGUGUCUUAUGCCACGAGCAUAGUCCCUCAACUGUUGGUGCAUUUUCUUACUGAACAUAAAGGAAUCCCCUACCUCAGCUGUGCAGCCCAGCUUUUUUUCUCCCUGGGCUUGGGUGGGAUUGAGUUUGUUCUCCUGGCAGUGAUGGCGUAUGACCGCUACGUGGCUGUAUGUGACCCCCUGCGAUACUCGGCCAUCAUGCAUGGAGGGCUGUGCAUUAAGCUGGCCGUCUCAUCCUGGGUCAGUGGCUCCAUCAACUCUCUCUUGCAUACUGCCAUUACUUUUCAGCUUCCUACAUGCACAAACAAGCUCAUUGAUCAUAUAUCUUGUGAGACCCUAGCUGUGGUCAGGCUGGCUUGUGUGGACACGUCCUCCAAUGAGGUUGCAAUCAUGGUGUCCAGCAUCAUCCUGCUGAUGACACCCUUCUGCCUGGUUCUCUUGUCCUAUGUUCGGAUCAUCUCCACCAUCUUGCAGAUCCCGUCCACAGAAGGAAGGAGGAAAGCCUUCCACACGUGUGCCUCUCAUCUCACGGUGGUUGCGCUGUGCUAUGGCAUGGCCAUUUUCACUUACAUCCAGCCUCACUCCAGCCCCUCAGUCCUCCAGGAGAAGCUCAUCUCACUCUUCUAUGCCAUUUUAACCCCCAUGCUGAACCCCAUGAUUUACAGUCUGAGGAACAAGGAGGUGAAGGGAGCCGGGCAGAAGCUCUUAGGACAGUUUUCUGAGUUAACAUCAAAACUGGCAACUUGA